GGCCACCGCCACGGCCACGGCCACGCCGCAUCUCCCCCUCCCCCUCCACCACCACCCCACCCCGUGUCCAGCUUUGUGCUUUCCCCUCCUCCUCCUCCCCCAUCUCCACUGAUCUCCUCACCUCUCCGGAUCCGGCAUUCCGCCAUGGCGUCGUCGGCGUCCCGCACUCUCCUGCUGCUGGUGGUGGUGGUGGUUGUGGCCGCUGCCGUUGGAGGAGUGUUGGGUGGGGGAGGGGAGGAGAGGACGUUCAUCGUGCGGGUGGAUGCGGACGCGAAGCCCUCGGCGUUCCCGACGCACGCGCACUGGUACGAGGCGGCGGUGAUGGCAGCGGAGGGUGGUGGUGGUGGAGGGGAGUGGCGGGAGGGGGGCCCGCUGAUCCACACCUACUCCGCCGCCUUCCACGGCUUCUCCGCGCGGAUGUCGCCGGCUGCGGCGGCGGCGCUGGCGGAGGCUCCCGGGGUGGCGGCGGUGGUGCCGGAGCGGGUCCGGCAGCUCGCCACCACCCGCUCGCCGCGGUUCCUUGGGCUGCUGUCGUCCCCGCCGUCGGCGCUCCUCGCGGACUCGGAUUUUGGUUCCGACCUCGUCAUCGCCAUCAUCGACACCGGCAUCUCCCCCACCCACCGCAGCUUCCACGACCGUGGGCUUGGUCCGGUGCCGUCCAAGUGGCGCGGGGUGUGCUCGUCGGGGCCUGGGUUCCCGCCCAACUCCUGCAAUCGCAAGCUCGUCGGCGCGCGGUUCUUCUCCGCCGGGUAUGAGGCCACCUCCGGCCGCAUGAACGAGACGGCGGAGGUCAGGUCGCCGCUCGACACCGAUGGGCACGGGACCCACACGGCCUCCAUCGCCGCCGGCCGCUACGUGUUCCCGGCGUCCACCCUCGGCUACGCCCGGGGCGUGGCUGCCGGGAUGGCGCCCAAGGCACGCCUCGCCGCGUACAAGGUGUGCUGGGUGGGCGGCUGCUUCGACUCCGACAUCCUUGCGGCUUUCGAUGCCGCCGUCGCCGACGGCGUCGAUGUCGUGUCCCUCAGCGUCGGUGGCGUCGUCGUGCCGUACUACCUUGACGCCAUUGCCAUUGGGGCAUUCGGGGCGACGGAGGCUGGGAUUGUUGUUUCGGCUUCGGCCGGCAAUGGCGGCCCUGGUGGGCUCACUGUGACCAAUGUGGCUCCCUGGAUGGCCACCGUUGGCGCUGGGUCCAUGGACCGCGCCUUCCCGGCCAACGUGCAGCUCGGCAAUGGUCAAGUGCUCGACGGUGUCAGCGUGUACGGCGGGCCAGCGCUCCAAUCCGGCAAGAUGUAUGAGCUUGUAUAUGCUGGAGCAAGCAGCGGCGCUGCCUCGUCUGCGGCUGACGGCUACUCGGCGUCCAUGUGCCUCGACGGCUCGCUCGACCCCGCCGCGGUGCGGGGCAAGAUCGUGGUGUGCGACCGCGGCGUGAACUCGCGCGCCGCCAAGGGCGACGUGGUUCACCGCGCGGGCGGCAUCGGGAUGGUGCUCGCCAACGGGGUGUUCGACGGGGAGGGCCUCGUCGCCGACUGCCACGUUCUGCCAGCCACAGCCGUCGGCGCGGCCGCUGGCGACAAGCUCCGUAAGUACAUUGGGUCGUCGACGCGGCAGGCGCCGGCCACCGGCACCAUCUUGUUCGAAGGCACCCACCUCGGCGUGCAUCCGGCGCCUGUGGUGGCCGCGUUCUCCGCGCGUGGCCCCAAUCCCCAAUCCCCGGAAAUACUCAAGCCAGACCUGAUUGCCCCCGGCCUAAACAUCCUCGCCGCAUGGCCCAGCGGCGUCGGGCCGGCCGGCAUCCCCUCCGACGGCCGCCGCACGGAAUUCAACAUCCUCUCGGGCACGUCCAUGGCUUGCCCGCACAUCUCCGGCCUCGCCGCAUUGCUCAAGGCGGCGCAUCCUACCUGGAGCCCCGCGGCGAUCAAGUCAGCGCUCAUGACCACCGCCUACAUCAAGGACAACAGCAACGGCACCAUGGUGGACGAGUCCACGGGCGUCGUGGCCGACGUGUUCGACUUCGGCGCAGGGCACGUUGACCCGAUGCGCGCCAUGGACCCUGGUCUCGUCUACGACAUCACCCCCGUGGACUACGUCAACUUCCUCUGCAACCUGAACUACACCGAGCAGAACAUCCGGGCGAUCACGCGGCGCCCCGCGGACUGCCGCGGCGCGCGGCGCGCGGGGCACGCCGGGAACCUCAACUACCCGUCCAUGUCCGCCACGUUCGCCGCGGACGGCACCAGGGCGACGAUGAAGACCCACUUCAUCCGGACGGUGACCAACGUCGGCGGCGGGCGCGCGGUGUACCGCGCGACGGUGAGGUCGCCCGAGGGGUGCGCGGUGACCGUGCAGCCGCGGCAGCUGGCGUUCCGGCGCGACGGGCAGAAGCUGAGCUUCACGGUGCGGGUGGAGGCCGCGGCGCCAGCCAAGAAGAUGGAGCCCGGGAGCUCGCAGGUGAGGAGCGGCGCGGUGACGUGGAGCGACGGGAGGCACGCCGUGAACACCCCGGUCGUCGUGACAGUGCAAGCGCCGCUGCAGUAAAGACGACAAAUCCGACGCGAUCAUCUCAGUGUUGUUCAUGGUGCUACUACUACCACCACAGUACCACUACAAUGUGAGGGUUUUCAAGAGGUUUUAUGAUGUGUGUAAAGAGGCAAGGAAUUAAUCCAAUCAUCUGUGCUAUCAACACCCAUGGUCCUCACCUGAGCUCACAUGGACGUGUGAGACUCGAUUGAGAGAUUUGGCCCAACGUGUACUUGCUAGUGUACCACCUGGAUCAAGCUUAACUGCCUUCAAUUCAACCUACCUCAUCCUCCUCCUCCUGCCUCUUGAAUUUUUUGGGAGGAGAUGGAGGGAAAGCCAAAGGCGGCUGCCUGCCGCUGCUGCUGGGAGGAGGAGCAUCAGCAAAGCAAGGCAAAAAAUCAUCAUCAUCAUACGCGGCGUGGCUUUUCCGAAAGGGGCCUUGCACUGUGAGAGCAAUUACGUGGCAUCAAUGGCAGCGAAAGGGGGUGGCAAAAGCUGGUGCGGUCCGGAGACCAAAAAUGAAGCUUGUGCCUGGGCGGAACAUGCUGCAAGUUAUUGCUGCAAUGCCGUGCUCGGGACAAGGAUUUACUUACAGAAGCCGUCCCUUGACGGUGCUAGUGGCCAUACAGAGACUUUUGUGUGUAAGGGUGGUGUGGUUUACCUGUGCUGGUGGGUGGGUGACUGUUUUGUGUUCCCCCAUGAUGCUAAACAACUGAUGAUAAUAACCGCUUUUAGUAGUACUGCUGCUGGAUAUUGUAUCGAAUAAUGUUUGUUGAGUUGUUGACUUGA